CAAAAAAAAAAAUAAAAGAAACACCACCAAUCGUCAGUCAGCCCGCCUCCCCCUUCCACAAAAACAAUUCGUUCUGUUGAUGAUUUUGGAAAACAAAGGAAACACUGAUGAACAACGGGCAUACAAACAAUUUUUGUAUUUGGUUGGUGGAGUGCAACAAAAUGAAGUGCCAGUGGUAGCAAGCAAAAUGCAGUGCAGUGUGUAAAAAGUGUAAAUUCUGAAAAAAAAAGAACGAAUGAACGAACGGAAAAAAGUAACUACCUAUCCAUUAACAAAAUGAAACGUAAUAUGUGAUUGUGAAACGACAAAAAAAAGAAACGAAACUCAGUAAAAUUUUCUGGAAAAUAAAAUUGGAAACGAACCUCCCACAUCAAAAUCCUUUGGCAAAUUGGAAAAUAGUGUCAAAAAAGUGUCCAAUGUUUAAAAAUGAGUCAAGGUUUUUGAAAAAUAAAAUCAAAUUCAACCAACCAGACCCCCUACGCUCCGCUCAAGCAGCCAGCCAGCCAUUACAGUCCAAACAUCUAUUGCUCUUACUGAAGGUCAUUACAGAGGAAAUGAAAAACAGGCCAGAAUAAAACGAAAAAUUUACAUAUCACCAGUGUUGUUGUUGCUGCAGCGCCAGGAGGUGGAGGACGUCAACGAUUUUUUAUUUUAAUUCGCAACAGUGUUUCGUGCGUGUGUUUUUGUCGAAAAUCGCAGAUGUGAAGGCUUUGUUUAAAAUCCUUUAAACCCCCAGAAAAGGGAAUAGUGAAUCCAUUGACCAUCCAGUGUUUUUUGAACAUCUUUCGUUGCCCCACAUCUCCCACCCCUUGAAUUUUAGUUUUAUUUUAUCGUUGCUGUGACUGGUUGGACUCUUUCAUUCCCCCUACUCUUUGUUGUGACUUUGACUUUGGCCAAGAACAGCCAAGGAACGAACCAGAGACUAGCAUUUGCAGCCGCAGUGGGGCACAGAAACGACGACGACGACGUCGUCACCAUUGUGUGGAAUACUCGGGAAUAAAGUACACCGAAAAAAAGAACAUAAAAGUCUAAUAACACAAAAAGAAACACUACAACCAAAUAAAUGAAAAUAAAAAAAUUUACACACAAAAACAAAGAAUAAUAAAAAUUAAAAACUAACAACAACAAAACCCAUUGGCUGCAACAGUGACGGACAGAAUUAAUUGGCAGCGCAGCAACGUCGAACAGCUGCCUCUCUAACAACAAACAAAAGACGAAGCAGCAAGUAAAACGUAAUAACAGCAAAAAUAAAAAAGAGACAAAAUGGUGAAAACAACGUAGGAGAAGAAGAGGAAAAUCAAAAUAAAAACGAAAGAAAAAUAAACAAUAAUAAACGAGCAGCAACAACAACAACGUCAUCCAAUUCUCUAUUGCAUUUCAAAACAGAUGAUUUUUGUUUUGUUUCUUCGCCUCCUCGUCACAACACCCUCUCGUUGAACAACAACAGCAGCAAGUUAUUCUCCCUCCAACCACAAUUAACUCUCUCUCUCACACAAAGUAAUUACCAGCAAUUGUUUUGUUUGAGACACAUGAAUUGAGAGAACGGGCAAAGAUAUAUAAAGAGAGAGAGAGCUCCCCCUUUAACUUCUCACUUUGGUGUUUGUUUGUUUAUUUAUUUAUGUGUGGAUAGACGACAGACCCCCAACCCAUUUGUUGUUGUGUGUUUGCUUUUUUUUGUUAUUCAACUGCUGUGAUCGCCUGUUCAACUCCAAGUGCAAGACCAGUCCAUGUAAACCCCGUUUGCGCCCGCUUUUGACCAGAACAACUUGAUUGUUUCUUGCAAAACAUUUGCUUUUGGCGAUCGGAAGUUUGACGACGACAGCUGUUUUAUUUAACACACAUUCUUCGUCUUGGGAUGUCAUAAUUUUUGUUUUGUUUGUUAAUUUGUGUGCUGUGAACAACGACGACAGAGGUGAGGUGGUGUCUUGAUCUCGCCCAGCUCAGCUGUUAAAUGACAGUGGCUUUGUCUUAAUUGCAGCAGGCAACCAACAACCAACCUAUGGACUAUAAAUUUUGAAAGAAAUUGACGACGUCGACGACGAUAAGAAGAAGAAGAACAAGAAAAUAUCACACCGCAAUUGGUUUGCAACGUCAUUUUCAAUAAAUAUAGAAAAAAAGUAUUGAUCGAAAGUCGUGAAAACAAAAGAUUGUUGCUGUUGCCGAAACAACGGAACACCUCCAGCCAUAAGGCUUGGCUGCUGCAGCAGACAGACUGUCUCCAGUUAUAUGACGACGACAAAAGCAACUGUCUGAUUGCUGAAUUAAAAGAAAAAUAAAAUUAAUAACAAAAUAACAACAACAACAAGAAAAAUACAACAACAACAAAAGAAGAAAAAAAUCAAUAAAAAAAAAUAAAACUGCACAAAAAAAUCAAAUUCAUUCAUUGGUUGGAGAUCUCCAAUAUUGAAUAACAAUCAAAUAAGAGAGCAAGCUCUCUUCCCUACCACUCUUGCGAUUUUUUCACUCUCUUGGAGUUGUAAAACACUUCGAACGAGAGAUUUGAAAAAAUCCUAAAAUUUAAUCCAAGGAAAGAACAACUAAAAAACUGGAGAUAAAUAAAUAAAAGAGAGUAACUAUCACACACAAGAGAUAAUACUUCCUCUCCCUUCUUCCCUAUCACCCCCGCACCCCUAAACAAAUCAAAAUUUAAGACGACGAAGCAUUCAAAAUGUCUGCCGAUUCCCCAAGACGUUCGCUUAACACUGCACGAGGCCUUGUGGCCGUACCCUCGAUUGUACCACCCCAGGUGGUAAGUGACAGAUCAAUUCUGGACUCGGCCAUUGGAUUAUUCAAUGAGGUAACGCUGGCCCAUCAACCGCACACAGAUCCCAAAGAUACCAUAACCUGGGCCCGUUUCGAGACAGCCGCCGACAUCAGUGAUCCUCGCUUUGGAGAAGACUGGGAAUUGGAUGGCAAUGUGGCACCACCGCUACUGCUGAUCUUGGGCUAUGGUCUGGGCGUACAAGUCUGGGCCAUACCCGCCAACGGUGAAGCUGUUGAAGUACUCUCCUGGCGUCAUGGCAUUGUGUCGGCCCUGCGUGUCCUACCCACCCCCUCCACAUCGUCGAGCAUUGAAGAGAAUGGACGGGCCGAUGAGCCAACCGAUGCAUUUGCCGAGAAGCGUCCACUAAUUGCAUUGGUCGACGGCAGUUCAUCAUCGGGCUCCCAGCCUCAGUUUUGUGCUGUGAAUUUUAUAUCCCUUAAGACUGGUACCCAAGUUAAAGCGAUCAAAUUUAAGAAUCCCGUCAUCGAUGUCUUGGCCAAUCGUUCGUCGAUUGUCAUAACAUUUCAUGAACGUAUUGCUGUGUUUGAUGCUCGAACGCUGGAGGAUCGUUUGUCCAUAACAACCUGCUAUCCAAGUCCGGGCAUCAACCCCAAUCCCGUGGCCUUAGGCCCUCGUUGGUUGGCCUAUGCUGAACACAAAUUGCUGCACUCAAAGCGCAGUGGUGGUGGCUGUGAUGGUGAAGGUGUGGCCAGUUAUACGGCCACGGUAUUAAAUGCCUCAAAAUCGUUGGUGAAGGGUCUGCGAGAGCUGGGUGAACAAGUGGCUGCCGGGUUGACUGGUACCACGGGCAGUGGUACAAGUUCGAAAAAUACUUCAUUUGAUUCGGGCACCGGACCAGAUGCCAAACAACCUGGCAUUAUAACCGUUAUAGAUAUAAAGAAUCCCCUGAGAGAUUACAGUCCCACCACGGGUGUACCCAUGUCGAGUGCCCAAACUGCUGGCACUGAUCCCAUAAUUGCCCACUUUAUUGCCCAUUCUGAGGCUUUGGUGGCCAUGGAAUUCGACAACUCGGGCAUGCUGUUAGUGACAGCUGAUCGUAGAGGCCAUGAUUUCCAUGUCUUUCGCAUACAACCCAAUCCGGUGGGUCCUAGUUUGGCGGCAGUCCACCACUUGUAUGUUCUCCACCGUGGUGAUACCAGUGCCAAAGUGCAAAAUAUUGCCUUUUCAUUGGAUUCACGUUGGGUUGCGGUGUCGACGUUGCGUGGUACAACUCAUGUUUUUCCCAUUACACCCUAUGGUGGCCCCAUGGGCGUACGAACCCACACAUCACUGCAUGUGGUGAAUAAGUUAUCACGUUUCCAUCGUUCGGCUGGUCUUUCCGCUGAAGGACGUUCCAAUUCACCCAUUUCACAUUCGGAAAGUACCACCUUCUCGCUGUCUCUGCAACCUUAUCACAAUGCUACACUACCACCAUAUCCAAGACCAACAGUGGUAAUGCCAUUGGCUCAAUUGCGUCAGCCAUUUGCCUUGGGCUCACCACCAGGCUCCGCCACCUUGGCGGGUGGUAAAUCUGGCCCAGCUGGACCUGGUUCGGGAUCUCAGAGACAAAGGUUGUCCUCCUUGUCCGAUGAUAGUGGCAAACCUUUAAGUGUGUGCGCCAUUUUUGCUAAAUCACGAUCAUGGUUAUUGGAUCCACCCAAUGUGACACGAGAAGCUCCGCAUCGCAUGCAAAGGAAGGCCGUAGACUCAUUGUUUGUCAUGGCCGGACAUGGAGCUCUCAUACAAUAUGAUUUGGAUACAAAACUUGCCUCAAAUGUUGCCAAAGAAAAGAUAUGUGAUGAUACACCCAUUGAACUGGAAGUUGAAGCCAAGGCCCAGUGGAAUUUGGGCCGACGCAAAGAAGGAUCUCAAGAGAUAAUGCCGCCCCUGUCCUCGGACAAUUGGUUGGUGAAAAAUCGCAAUUCCUGCAUGUUAACCGAUAGUACACGGCAAUAUGAUGACUCCGAUGAUCGGGGUGAAUCUUGGCUGGCACAAGUUGAAAUUGUAACACAUGCUGGACCGCAUCGUCGUUUGUGGAUGGGUCCACAGUUUGUUUUCAAAACCUAUAAUACACCCAGCGGGUCUAACUUGAGCCAUGUCGAUAGCGAAGCUGUUGAAAUUGGCACUAACAAGGCUGCCGCUUCAACAAAGCCCGAUCAUUCAAGUCCCUUAAAUAUGCCCCUGUCGGCUGGUGGACGUUCCAGUGCUGUACCCGUGCUCAUUGAAUCGGGAUCUUAUAGCAGCAUUGAACAGAGUCCCAAAUUAAUGGACCGUUUUCGCCACGAUCACUUGGACUCCGACUAUUCCGUGGCGCAUGGUGAUACUCGUCUAAAAGAAGAUUUGGCUGAUGCAAUGCGUGAAUCACCCUCCGUAUCGACCGCAUCAAAAGAAUCUGGAGGUCGUGGUUGUGAAACGACAGGGUGUUCUAGUGAUAAUAUUGCCUUUUACGAUGCAUUGGCCGAACACGACGACGACUACGAUCACGAUGACCAGGACAAGGAUUAUCUGCACCACAAUCGUAAUGCCUCGGCAGCUGCCCUGGCAUCGGCCUUACCCAAUAUCCAUUCGUAUGAUAAUAGUUCUAGUUAUGAGUCCAUAGAUUCGCUAAAGAAACCCAAUGUGUCCAUAGAGAAGAUAGUGAAUCCCCUUGGAACAGUCACCACGGUGACUUCGUGCCUCACGGCCGAGGUUAAAACCGACAUCUUGGAUGAGGUAGUCUCGCAGUUGGCGGCAGAAGACACUGUGAUUCAUGAGAAUUGCGAUGAGAGUCUCUUUCGCCCUGUGGUGGCCAUCUUUUGUGAUGAAAAAACGCGGCUCAAACAGGAAGAGGAUGCGCGCAAAGAACAGGAGUUGUGUCAACCACCUGAAAAUAUAAGUAAUAAAUUAAUUGUACCCGUUAUUGCGAAGGAGGUCGACGAUGCUCUCAAUAAGAAAGAGAAGCAAAAAAAUAAAUUAUCAAAGCAAAGAGAUAGCAGUAGUGAGACAUUGAGAGCCAAGGAGCAGCAGAGUAAAUUUGAAGAGCUUUCCUCUUUGAAUAGGAAAUGUAAAGUGGAAGAGAAGCCCAAAGCAAAAGAAGAGCAAGUAGCAAAAGAGUCAGGUGUUGCAAAAAAUGAGAAAAAAGAGGAAACGAUUAGCGUAGAGAGCAAGGAAGAGAAAAUUGAAAAGAAGGAUGAAAAACUAAAAAAGGAAAAAGUCUCAGAGCAAAUGCCUGUGAUGGAAAGGUCGAUGUCAUCUCUUGUGAAAACUAAAGAGAGUGAGAAGAGUAAGAACUUGACAAAGGAAGAGCUCCCAAAAUCAUCUUCUCAGUCAGUAAAAACAGCAGAGAAGGAGAAGACAGUUUCUUCUUCCUGCAAAACAAAAGAGAGUGUUAAGAGCAAGUCUUUAUCGGAAGAAGAGACUUUGCCGGUCUCAAAAACCGAAAAUAAAACCUCAAUGAGUAAAUCGAGGAAAAGUGAAGAAAGAGAAUUGGUGGUAGAGAAGAAGGUGGCAGUCAAAGAGACAACAAAACCCAACCCAUUUGGUGAAAGCAAAAAAUCAACUUCUGAAAAGGAAUCGAGUCCCAAACCAUCGACCAAAAAAUCGCUGAAAACUUCUACAACCACAGAUGAUUCCGAGGAGGAUAGAAAUGCUACUCCCGAACGAGAAUUGAGUCCCAAACCAAGUAACGCCACAAAAAAGGCCUUGAAAUCGUCUACGACCACUGAUGAGUCAGAGGAUGAUAAGCCAAUUGAGUUUAAGAGGAUGACUCCCGUCAAGGCUGAAAUAAAGCCGGCAACACAAAAGCCUUUAACCAAAAAAGAAUUGAAAAAACAACAGCAGCAACAACAACUACAAAAGGCAAAGGAGGAAGAAAACAAACUGAAGGAAACCGAAAAGAACAAAAAAGAAAUGGAACAAAAGAAGAAGGAGGAGGAGGAAAUAUUGAAAAUGGCCAAGAAAUCUAAGGAAUCUGAAGAAUUACCAGAGGAACCUGCAGAAGUCAGGGCUACUCAAAAAGUUACACCAAAAAAUGAUAAUCAGAAGACAAUUAAGGAAGAUUCCAAGGAAGAAGAAACUAAGAAAGUGGUGAAGGAAGAUGAAAAAUCCUGUAAAACCUCCUCAGAGGUCAAAAGGUCUGAAGUUGCAUUAAAAGAGAAUGAAAACCCCCAAGCUGCCAUUAAAUCCGAGAAAACUGCCCCAAAGGAAAAUGAUAACAAAAGCUCCCAAUUAGACACAGCCGAAUCCCCCAAAACUGCCAAGAAAAUCCAGAAUGACUCCCCCAAACCCAACUUGGUAAAGACGGAACAAUUAAAUGUCAAAGAUUUGGCUGAUAGCCUUAUAGAAUUGGAUAGCCAAGAAGAGGAAAUGAAGAAAGACGUUGAGGAAGAAAAAACCACACCCGUCUUAGAAGCCGUGGAGAUAUUUAAGGCUCCUGAAGUAAAGCCAGCUAUUUCAAAAAAGAAUAAAAAGAAGGGACAAAAAUCGGGUUCCAGCUCUGAGUCCGAGGAAGUUGUGGAGGUACCUACAGAACCUACAACCUCUAAAAAAGAAAAGAUGGAGACAAAUAAAAAAUCCUCUCUUAGUUCUGAGGGAAGUUCCACAGAUUUAGCCGACAGUUUGCUGGAGAGAAAGGAACGAGAUAUGGAGCAGACAAUGUAUAUCAGCUUCAGUCAAAUUGAAGAGCGUAAAGCCAAAAGUGAUGAAUUAAAGGAAGAGAAAAAAUCAAAAUCUCAAGAAAAAAUUGCUAAGAGGGAAGAGAGUCCUGAGCCAAACUCUAAAUCCGAGCAGAAAACUCAAUUGCAAGCCAUAAAGAAAAAGGAUAUUAAAGAGCAACCAGUUGAGGAAACUCGCGAAGUCAAAGAAAAAUCAAAAUCUGAAAAUGAAAACAUAAAAGAAUACAAAAUUAGCGUAAAGGAAGAGGAGCCCAAAAAGAAAGAAGCUACUAAAUCUUCGAAAAUUACUGCAAAGGAUGACCCACCAGCCACGAAAGAAAUCCAAACAAAAACAACUCAAUCUUCAGAUAUCGAGGGCUUCACAAGUUUGGAAUCGAACACCGGCAAGACUGCUAUAGGUAAUCUAAAUAAAGAUGAAAAUAAAGACAAGACUGAAAAGUCAAAGAAAACAUCUAAAGAAGAACCCGACACAGUUAACCAAAAGGUGUCUGAAAAGGCUACCAAAUUAAAUGUUGAUCCUGCCGACAUCAAAAAGGUCGUAUCGGAGAGCAAAAAGAGCGAGCCUGAUAGCAAACAAGAUGAUGCUGUGAGUAAGAAGAGCGUAGCCGAAAGUAAGCAGAGCAUAACCGUAAGCAAAACCAAGGAAGCUGAGAGUAAACAGAACACAGCACAAAAAGAGAGUCCUAAAGCGGAAGUAAUUGCAGUGAAGAGCGAAGAAAGCAAGAAGUCGGCAAUGAAAUCAUCUGAAGUAACAAAGGAGAGUACCGAAGGCGAAAAAGAAAAACCUUCGGCAAAGCCUGUGAAGGGAAAUGAGAAAACUAAAAGUGUCAAAGAGAGCAGUGGCGAAGAAGUGAAAUCUAAAGGUAAUACAGAAAGUGAAGACGAGAAAUCUUUGGAGACAACUGUCACCAUAAAAUUGAAAAAAUCACAAUUGGGCGAAAAGAAAGUCGAAAAGAGACCCACAAAAGGCAGUGAAGAGAACGAAAAAGAUGCAGACGCUUGGAAGUCAAAGAAACCCGAGCAAAAAGCUAAGGAUGAUAAAGCCGUAGUACAAGAGAAAACAUCAACAUCAACUGAUAAUGCAUCCGUGAAGAACGAAUCCGAUAAGACCUCCUUGGUAAAAACAAAGAAAACCGAGGCUAAGGAAAAGGUCGAAGACGAAAGCGAUAAAGAAAAAAUAGUUACCAGCAAAGAAGACGAGCACAAGAAAACUUCACUCAAAGUCAACAGAGAAAAAUCAGAAAUCAAAGACGACAAAGACAAAACAAUGGCGACCAAGGAAGCGAAGAAAGAAGAACCCCUGAAAACUCUCCCUGAAAAAGAAAAACCAAAACAAGGCAACAACAAAACACCAGGCAUCUCUGAAAUUCCGAAAAAGGCAAACGAAAGCAAAAAAGAAACAAAAUCAGAAGAAAUUUCACCCAAAGAAUCCUUUGUUUUAAAAUUAGCCAAAAAGGACGAAGUUGUUGUGGAACAACCUAAGCUGCAAAGGAAAGAAAAAGACCCGGAGGCAGAAAAACCCAAACCCUCUUUAGAUGCUAACAAAGAAGCCUUGAAAACUAAAACCACACCGCCAUCCUCACCCAAAAAGAAACAAGAAGCUACAAAGAAAUCCGAAAAUGAGAAACCUUCCAAAGAGGAAAAAGAAACGAAAUCAGAAAUAAACAAAACUCAAGUUGAAGUCGAAAAGAAAACCACUUGGGCCAACAUUACAAAACAAGACAAAUCAGCUGAGGACAAAACCACGAAAAAAGAAUCCAGUUCGAGUGGAGAAGAAUAUAAAAUUCGUGUUGUGGAGUCAUCCUCAAAGGACACCCUGGAUGGUGCGGGUAAAAACAAAAAGCCCUCCACUUCAAGUGGUGAAAAAUCCAUGACACCCACUUUACCACCACCACCCGUUGCCUCGGCUUGGAAGACCUUGAGUGGAGCGGAGAUGAUAUCACAAAAUCUUAACAAACAGGAAUCGACAAAGUCGCAGGUGUCUCCCUCCCAAAGUGGAGGAGCAAUACCCAAAUUUUCUAAAGCCACGGCAAGUGAAAAACUACUACCCGAACUGCCCACUCCCAAAGAGGCAAAAGAGCCUUUGGGUUCAUCAAAAACUGCACCUUCCACCAAGAAAUCUAAAAACUCUCCCACGGCCUUAGAUGAUUUUCCCAUCUUAAAACCCUUGGAUGCAUUACCACCUUUGCCUUCUCUAGAGCCGCUGGAAUUGUUAAGCGACAAAUCCAGUCCAAAUCUCAAAGACAUUAGCUUGAUUAAUUUCGAAAGUCCUCUCCAGGAAAAUCCUGCCUUAGAACGUAAAAUAACACCACCGCCACGUGGUUUUACCGAACAAAAUCUCAUCUUUGCUCUCUGCGGUUCGUUGCACUAUGAAAAUGAACAACGGUCCAGGGUGACUCCAGAGAAAUCUGAUGUUUCUCCCACAACUCCCUCGUCAUCGAAUCGUUCUUCAUCGGCCCUGGAUGAACCCUCAAUGGCCGAUUAUAAAUCGCUAACCGAAAAUGACGAUCCCUAUAUCAGUUUGGAACAAAGCUCUCAAGACACAUACACCACCAACACCAAUACAACCAAUGACAAAUUUUCUUCCUCCACAAAUUCCUCGGGCACCGAGGAAAUCAUCAUUAUGGAGGAGAAGAAAAUGACCAAGAAACAAAAACGCAAACGCCAACAGCAAUUGCUGGAAUUGCAAAAACAAAAGGAACAACAAUUGCAGCAACAACAUCAUCAUCACCAUUCCUCCCAUCUCAGCCACCAUGAUGUGGAUGAUGAUGAGCUGAGGCCCUUGAUUGCCAUGAGUGAAUCACAAAUUGAAAAUGUUGCCUCUGCUGCCGCUGUCAAUCCCUCAACUUCGCCAUUGCCCUCUUUGCUGGAUGAAAGUUUUACCAUGAAGCCCCUGAUUGGUAAGUCGAAUACCCUCAAUCACUCGACCACCACGGACAGUGAGGGUCCCAUGCCGGCCACAACUUCGGAUGAUAAUGUCUUCAUAAUGCCUUCGGCUGUUAACUCCUCCGCUGGAGCUGGCAGCGGUCAUCAACAGCAUAAAAUUAAAACCAAAAAAUUGGAACAUAAAAUCAAUCUAAUGGCUGCCAUAGAAGCGGCCACCUCCUCAUCCACUUCAUCGGCUGAAGAAAGUGGCGUUGAGCUGGGUGGCAGUGGACGCCAUCAUGAAUGUGACGACACGGCCGCCUCACCAUUGGUACCAACAUCAUUGAUCUCGGCAGCUGGCCUAACGGCAACUGCCUCCACAUCUGUACUCCCCAUGUCCAUGGCAGCAAUGGUGGCGGCUGGGGGUGCCGGUGCUGCACCUUUAACCCUCAACGCAACAGCAGCGGGGGCUUUAAAAAAGAAAACCAAAAGACGUAAGAGAUAAGAAUUAGCCAUUUGUUUGUUUUGUAUUUUUUGUUUAAUAUUUUUCUAUUACCUGUAUGUGGUGUAUUUUGGCCACAUAUUUGUUGCGGUUAACAAUCCUCCUUCGCCAGUUGUCAUCAAGGUGGUGGAGGAGGAGGAGCAGGGGGAGCAUAAUAAUGUUUAUCAUCGUCAUCAUUAUGCAAGCGAUGGCAGCAGCAAUGGUCAUAAUGAUGGUGAUGGUGAUACUGUAAGAAGUGAUAGAAGUAGUAGCAAUAGUGAUAAUCUUAAGAAUACUAAUGAAAAUAAUUAUCCUUCUUAUUCUUCUUCUUCUCAGAGAGUCCUUGAAGAUCCUCGGCGGGCAGUUGAAACGGAAUGAUCCAAAUGUAUUUUGAGAAAAUAUUUAUUGUGUUAUUGAAAACAAUUUGUGUAAUUUGGUAACCAGAUUAAUCAGCAUGUGCUGAUUCUAAUAAGAUUGGUCUGAAACCAACUACGGAAGACAGUAGUAAUGUGCCUAAAAGUUCCGUAGUUUCCAGAAUGCAAUUUCAAAUAUAAGGAAGUCAAACCUGAAAAAGAUUAAACAAGAGAGUAAUGAGUUAAAUAUUAAAUAAUGUAAUUUUGAAUAGCUCUAAACGUUUGGUCUAAUUCUAGGUUUUAGUAUACACUAGCGGUGCUUUGUCAAGAAUAGCAAAAUAGUAAAAGAACCAAAAAGAAGGGAACCAUUGGAAAAUUGUCUAAAUGUGAAAUAUGACCAUAAUAAAACCUACGGAAUGUACAGAAGUUUUUAUGAAUGCAAAAAUGAAUCAGAUUAAAGUAAACUUCUUUUACGAAAUCGGGCCGAAAGGGCCUACAGAAAGUAAUAAGGGGAUUCAAAAAUGAAAAGCCCUAUCUCAAAUGCUAAUACAGGGUUGCCCAUAUUCGACGGACCUUUGGGCCCAUUCCAAUUGACGAGGCUUGUCCGCAGGCAACAUUCUUUGCGUCAAUUGAAUUUUGUUCGGGAACAAAUGCAAGUCAAUGCGAAUAAUCAGUUGUAAAGUGGACCGAGCCAUGCCCAACUGCUGAGAACGGCGUUUUUGGGAUGUUCUUGGGGACCUCUCAACACUGGCUCGUACGGCAGCGAUAUUCUCGGCCGAUCGCCUUGGUCGACUUUUAUAUGGCCUCUUCGGAGCGAGAUUUCAGUCGAAAAUAAUUAUAUUGCUUCAAUAAUUAGAGAAUGUGAAUUUCGUUAAGAGAAAAAAUUUAAUUAAAGUAUUAAAGUAUGCAGUUUUUUCCUGAUUAGAAUUGAUCUGCAUUUGGCAAAUAUAUGUUAACUUUUUCCAUCACUUUCAAUCUGGCGAGAAUUUGAUGGGAUAUAUAUAGCUUCCUCUUCCUCCAUAAUUUCAAAUACAAUUUGUAUUGACGUCAAUUUGACGACAUUUAGAGAGAGAGAGCAGAUCAAAUGCUAAUACAAUAUAGCCACAAAUUUAAAUGAGGGAAAUACCAUUCGUUUCGCCCAAAAUAAUUAUUAUGCUUGAAUAAUUUGGGAGUGAGAACUCAAUUUAGAAAAAACACAGCUCCUAAAAGUAUGCUAUUGCAUACUGUAGCAAGAAAUCUCUGUCUUUGACAAAGGUGUUGCAAUAUUCUCAAAUCGCAGAUCAUUUGAUUGGAUUUAUUUGGGCUAUUAUUAGACUCCAUAUAUUUCGAAAUCAAAUUUUUGGGUUACACAAAAAAUGAAAUAAAACAAUGUUUAAGCCGUUUGAAUCCAGAGUUCUCUGAACUUAAAUUUCUCUCCUACGAUUCUACGAGGAAAAUCGACCUUUAAGUUUGUCAACCCAUUUGGUAUAAUUUGAAUACUUUUGAGAUCCUUUCAAAACAAUUUUUUUGAAUAGAAAGAAAUCUUCCCGUGAUAACAUUUAAAUCCUGGAUUUUAGAUUCGAGGUGUUUUGUAAUCGAUGAAUUGUGUCAGAUUGAGGUACUUUUUGAUUUUUGUGAAAUCUGUCAAAUUUGGUUAUUUAUUUUACCACAUGAUGUGAGAAUCAUAUGUAAAUUUACUAUAUCGCAAUUACAUCUAACAUACUUUUGAGCGUAAUGCUGUAUAACAAACGUUUUUAAAUUUAUACUAUACUUAUAUGAUGAAUGUAUUAAUUUAUGCUACACUAGAAAUCGUGUAGCGUGUAUUUUCAUUCGAAAAUAGUUGGAAGCACCUCAAAGUUUGCUAUAUAAAUGACAAAGUUAAAUGUGAUUUAGUUUCCAUCAAUCAUUUGGUUCCAGAUAUCAGAUACAGCUCUGAAAUAAAUGUAUCAAAUUUUGUCAAGAUCGGUUGAGAUUUGGAUAUAUCUCCUAAGCAUAUCUUCAACCGAUUUCGGCUUAAUUAUGCACCAAAUGACCAAUAUCAGUCCAAAAGUCCUGAAUGUUGGUGCGUGCGACCGAAUUCAGUCUGAAGCAAGUACAUCGAAUUCGGAGUAAAUCGGUUGCCAAAUUUUGUCGAGAACGGCUAAGAUUUGGAUAUAGCUCCCAUAUAUGUCCUUAAUCCGAUUUUAGGUUUGUUGUGCAAAUUAUGGCUUAUAUCAGUCCAAUUGUCCUUAAUAUGUCCUUAAUCCGAUUUCAGGUUUAUUGUGCAAAUAAUGCCUAAUAUCAGUCCAAAUGGAGUGCAUUUCGGGACAUACGUUUCCAUUUUGUGCAGCUUGGGCCCGAUAUAUAUUUUUUAAUAUAAUCCAUCUCCAAGUGAUAUCAUGCACUCUAUGGCAAACUAUAACUGCUCUUAAAGCCAAAUGUUAAUAGGUGGUAUGAUCUACUUAAAAUAUUUAUUUUUUUUACGGGAGCUGUACUAAAUAUGCAUAGGGUAUCAUAAAGUCGGCCACGCCUUUUAUUAAAAAAAAUCUGGUUAAAAAAGAUCAAAUUUAUGUUCUGCAUCAUUCUAAAAAUUGUAUCUAUUUGGAUAUUUUGUGCUGAAAAUGAGCCAUGUGGAUUCAAACUUUGAAAUUGCUCCCCGUUUCGGGACAAAACCCUCCAUUCAGAAAAUUAUUUGCACUUUUAAAUAUUGAUUUAUACUAAGGUACUGUAAGGUGUUUCUAAACCCUCAAUCGAUUUGUAUAUGGACUUAGUUUCAUGUUCUAAACAUUUUUUGGUAUGUUUGGAAAUUUGUCCAUAUUUUGUGGUAUCGAGUAACAUUUUCAAAUCGAUUCAAUUGAAAAUUAUCAUUUGGAACCACUAAUGGGAAAAGACUUGUCAUGAAAAAAAUGUUCAAUGUGACUUUAAGUUUUGCUACGACCCCAUAGAAGGGGUAUGCAAUUUUUACGUAUAGUCUAAAAUGAUUAUUUCGAUUAUUUAUUGUUCUUCUACAUCUUGGAACUGAAAAUUCAGGACCCAUUCAUUUUCAAUAAUACUAAUAAAUAUUUUCUCCAAAAAAAAAGGAUCGUUAAUUAUAAGUCAAUUCUAAAAUGAUUUUUUUCAAGUUUACCGACAUGUUCUCCUUUUCUCAAUAUAUCUGAAAAAAAAUACAUUUAUUGUACAUUUACAAUAUUUAAAUUUUAAUGUUUAUAUAAAUCAGGACUUGAUUUAUUUUCAAUAAUAUUUAGAAAUAUUUUCUCAAAUCAUAGAGGAUCUUCAAUUACAGGACUUUUUAUAUAUAAUUUUAAAUACUUUCAAAAUUGAGUCCAUUAAAAAUAUAUAUAUUCUAAACUUAUUUUUUCAAGUCUGCCAUCAUAUUUAUAAUUUUUUUUUUUAAUUUUCACAAAAAAUACAAAAACAAACAAAUCGUUAGGAAAUGUUGUGAUCAUUUAUAUUUUUCAAUUUCGACGAACUAGGUUUUUGAUUGAUAAAUUCUAAUUAUAAGAAAACAAAAAAAACAAAACGAAACUCAACAAAAAAAGGAAUUAUAAUAUUCAUAAUUGUAUUGUAUUCAUUUUCUCUAUGGGGAGCACUAAAAAUUAAAAAAUAUAUAUAAUACUGUUUUUACUAAUAUUAAAUUUAACAAUUUUAGACAAGACAACAAGCUAUGUUAAAACCAAUAGAUAUUUAAAAUUUAUGAAAUAAAUUUAAAGAAAAUAAUAUCGACAACCAUAGAAGAAAGGCACAUUAUUUUCAUUUAAGAAAAAAAAAAAAAAUAAGAAAACUCAACAGCAGCAUCUUCAUAAAUAUAAGUAAAUAUAAAUAAUAUAUAUAAAAAAAGUAUAUAUAAAUAUUAAUAAUUAUGUAUUAAAAGGCCUAUAUCUAUGUAUGCGAAACAUGUACAGGGUGUUGCAAAAUGGGUGUACCGUGGUGGAAUGGAAAAUAACAAUAUUAGGAUUCAUUAAAAAAACAUUUUUUUUGGAUUGAUAUUUUAUUGAGAGAAAUCUCCCCCAAAAUUUAUAAGACUUGGUUCACAAAAAGGGUUGUUAAUAAAACCUUCAAUAUAUAGGGUGAGAUAAAAAACUGUAACAAAGUCAAACGCCAUAACUUUUACUCUUUUUUUUUAAAAAAUUUUAUUGCAUGAAAGCAAAAAAUGUCGGAAAUAGCAUCAAAUUUUAGAAUUAUGUUUAGAUUUGUUCGAAUUGGUCACCUUUGACCCGAAUUAUGGUCUACAAACGGCCAAUGAAACCGUCACACACUGCCUGAAUGUUACUCUGCGGUCUUUUGGCCCAUUCCCGGCAAAGCGCUUACUUGAGGUGAUCGACACUUUGGUACUUUUUAGUGCCAACCUUGCUUUCCAAAAUAAUCCAGACACAAUAGUCGAACGAAUUGGUAUCCGGAGAUUUUGGUAGUCAUUGUGCGAGGCAAAUGAAGCAGGGAACCUAAUUUUGUAACAAUUGUUGGGUGGCGCGUGCUGAGUACGAUGGUGCUGAGUCGUGUUGGAAUGUCCAAGGCCUGCGGCCAAAAUGGUUUCGUGCCCAAGGCUUUAAUACACCCUCCAGAAUAUUUUCGCGACCAUAUUCGUCAUUUAUUCUGAUGCCACGGUCGAUAAAUACGAGCGGAGAGCGACCAUCGGCUGUUAUGACGGCCCACACCAUCACCAUGGCCGGCGCUUGAGUUUUGGUGGCCAAGCGAAGGUGCACAUUUUCAGCUGAUCUCUUUGGCAAGUAAACACGACCAUUUUGUUUCUUUACAACGAAUGUUUUCUCAUCGGAGAAAACCAAAUUCGGCAGUUCACCACUUUGGCCAAGCAAAGCGACUCUUUAGCUCUUCUGAGUCUAUUUUCUUUCUGCUGCGGUGUAAGUUCUUGCACAUGUUGGAAUUUCAUUGGUUUUACCCCGAGCUCAUUUUUCAAUAUUUGCCGAAUGGAACAUUGCGAUAUGUUUAGCUCACGAGCCAUUUUUCGGCCACUGCGACGCCGGUUUCGAUCAAGUAGCUUCUUUACAUUUCGAAUCAUUUCUGCUGAUGUUGCCGUUUUCCUCCGUCCACUUCCUUGACGUCGGGCUACGCUACGCUAGUAUCACGGUAAUGAGCAAUGGUACGAGACACAAAAGAUUUAUUCACAUUUAAAUGCUCUAAAGGUGUGCUCUAACGAUAGCCACUUGUGGUUCAGUCAAAUAUAAAGAAAUCACAGUAUCACGCUUGAAUUCCGCUUGAAUAACAUUUUUUCUGGAAAAUUCUCACCAAAAUGCUUUUGUACGCUUGUUAACAAUAUAAGGAUCUGUUACUGGAAUAAUUUUAACAGCUGUCGGACGAAUGGCUUAGAAAUGACAGCAAUCUGAAGUUGGUUGCCAUUUUUUUUUUUCAUUUCACCCUGGAUAUUCUGAAUCAGCGUAAAAUUUUAAGUCGAUCUAGCGAUGUUCGUCUGUCUGCCUGUUGUAAUCACGCUAUCUUUCGAACCAAUUGAGAUAGAAGCCUAAAAUUUUGCAUACAUAUAUAGCUUAGCAGUAGGCAGGUUAAGUUCGUAAAUGGACCAUAUCGGUCCACGUUUCGUAUAGCCCUAUUUUAAUGAUUUUCGCGACAUUAUUUACCGGAAUUUUUUCGAAUUUCGUAUUUGAAGUACAUAAUGGGUACUAUAGCCUAUGACAAAAAUGUUUGUAUGCAGGUCCAAAUCUUCGUAUAGCCCUUAUAUAACGGUAGUUCCCGAUAUUCGGUAUUUGGAUGAUUUCAGCAACAUUAUUCACCAGAAUCGUUUGAAAUUUCGUACUGGAAGAUCCAGAUGUUUACUACAACCUAUGGCAAAACAUUUCGUAUGGAGGUCCACGUCUUCGUAUGUACUUCCACGUCCAUAUGACUGUACUUCCCGAUACUCCAUAUUUUCAUGAUUUUUACGACAUUAUUUAUCGAAAUUAUUUCGAAUUUCGUAUUUGAAGUUCGUAAUGGGCAUUACAGCCUAUGACAAAAAAUGCCGUAUGCAGGUCCUCGUCUUCGUAUAGUCCCCAUAUAACGGUUUUCAUUUAAGUGGAAGUUUUCGGAUUUUUUUUUUUAGAUUUUUCAAGUUUCUUCGAAAAUUUGGAGGGUAUUAAAAGUUCAGUCCGGCCGAACUUAGCUAUUUUUUUACUUGUUUCUAAAUGUCUUUUAGUCUCAUUGACAUUUUUCGAUAUAAUUUCCUUUGUUGAAUAUUUCCUCCUGCAUCCGUACAAACCUAUUUUGACACACCCUGUGUAAUUGUAAAAAACACUAGUUUAUAUUAAUAUAUUAUUAAAUAUAUAUAUUAAAAUAAACAUGUAAUGAAAUUAAUGAUUUUAACAAAGUUCAAAUUAAAAAUAAUGCAAAGAAAAUCACACAAAAAAUCUAUGCUUAACAACAAAUAUUUUUAAGUUUAAAAUAAUUUUUGUCUCUCUCUCUCUCUCUCUCUCUCUAAUUCUCUAUUGAAAAUAGCUUACUCUGCUCUACUUUUUGGUAGCAAAAAACAAUCAAUGACUCAACUUUUUUUGUGUGUGUUUUAUUCUCUAAUAAGAUAUUAUUGAAAUGUAUACAAGUUGUUUAUUUUUUUUUAUUUUGUAGUAAUUUAUUUAAGUAGUUAAAAUAAUUAUCGUUUUUUAUAUUUUUUUGUAAUUACAUUAGAAAUUGUCAAAUCAUGUGUUAAACAAUAAUUGCGCUACAGUAUUUAUGAGUCUAAUCCUGUCUUUUAUUAUUUUUUAAAAA